AUGAAUGUGGAUGCAUCUUUGACCUCAUUGAUACGCCGGCGCAAGGGGGAAAUUCUGACACCGAGGUCUGUGAGGGGCCCGGGCGGUGGCUUCGCCUCUGCUCCCAAACGGUGCGAAAGCCCCCCGAGCGUGGGCCACCGGCACCACGCCCACAGCCGGCGGGGGGCCAGGGGCCGGCGCCGACCCGCAGUGACGUCAGGCCCACUUCCAGCGGCCGGGGCGGAGGGUCCCCGGCCGGCGCCCGGGAUUGGCCGAGCCGCAGGGCAGGGGGCGGGGCGGCGCGCGUUCCCAGCUGCCCGUGCGGUGCGCUCGAGCCUGCGGCUGCCGGCCUCGGUGCGCGUUGUCGGCCGGACAGCCGCUCAGCUGCGGGCGGCCGGAAGUAUCCAAAGGACCUGUCGGCCGCGGUGGAGUCACCGUCGCACCUCAGCGACCCCGCGAACUUCCGGGGGAGGUUGCGGCCAGCGUAGGCGAGGCAGGAAGUCGACCCUUCCCACCUCCUCAUCCCAGAUUGGUUCCGGUGGCGGACGCCAAAGGGCGCGCGGGCUCCUGCGCCGGGAGCGCCGCUACGUGCAGGCUGCUGAUCCGCCCAGCGGCGGCUUUCUGGAGAACCUGCAGAGCCCUGCGUCGGAAACAGGGCGGUGCCGUGGGCCCCCCCACUUCCUGCACGUGGUGUUAAGCCGGGGCUGCACCCGCGGUGAAAACAAAAUAUUCUGGCGACUUUGGCGUGCCCGCCUGGUGCUGUGGAUUUCCAGGCUUUGGCAGUACACGCCCACGCGGGGGAUUACAAUCAAAAGAAGGUAUGCUUACGGUGUUCAAGUCCCUCCACACUGUGGUUCCUUAUCUUCCACAUUCUUAACCUCUUACUCUCCCUCACUCAUUUUUUUCUGUUCCUUGAGCAUAACCUGUACUUUGCCUCCUCGAACCUUUGGCACAAAGCAGUUCCCUCUAACUGGAAUGCCAUCUGCUUCCCUACCAGCCUUUCAGGGUACUUUCCAUUUUGCAAAACCCAAUUCCAGUGCGAAGCGCUCCGGGAGACCAUAUAUUCCCACAGCACUUUGUUCUCCUAUUAUAGAAUCUGUAAGGCUGGGCCACUUUAUCUUAGUUAUUUGUGUGAACUUCUUCCUUGCUGUCCAGGGUGUGAAGACUGUUGACACGGUGUCUUAUCUAGAUAUGUCUCACAAGACAGCAAAACUCAUUCAAGAAGCUUUGAGUGCGUGUCAUGUGCCCAGCGCUGUUCUCGGGGCUGGGGAUACAGCAGUGAAAAACCGUGCCCCCUCCGAUGGCACUCAUGACAGUGAGAAGACAAACAGUAGACAAAUGCACGAAAAGCUUUGUGUGUCAGGUGGUAAUAUGUACAAUCAGGAAAGUAGUGGCUUGAAAGGAGAUAGAAACAGGGAGAAGAGGGAACCUAAGCGAGACGAGGGGACAAGUCAUCUAGAAAGUGAGAGGAUGAGAUUUUGGAAGAGAGAGCAGCAAAGAAGGGCCCUGAAGCUGGCGUGUGUUUCCUCCAUCAGAGAACAGCAGGACAGCCGGCUUGAGGGGAGUGGAAGGACGCAAAGUGGGAGAACUGACAGGUCAGAUCAUGUGCACACUUGCAUGAGACAUUCAGUAAAUGCUUGUGAAUUAAAUUUAUUGAAUUGAUAAGCGAUAGAGAAUAAUUUAAUGAUAGUAAUGAAACUUAGAAAUUGUUGGAGUGGGAUAGACCUUGUAGGCAUAUAUUAGGUAUUUGCAACUAACACGCGUGUCCAUUGGAACUCUGAUUUAGUGCAGUGGCAUUUAACUGAAAAAAAAAAUCUCAAUGAAAACCAAUGGUUUAUGCAGUGGUCUUCCAUUAUAAUGGAAAUCUGGAAGAAAAGGACACAGAUUUUGUUGAGGACAAAAUGGAUUGACGUGUGACUGGAGUUAUUUGGUAGAUAAUACCAAUCACCAUUAAGAAGUUCAGAAGGAGGAGCACCUGGGUGGCUCAGUCAGUUGAGUGUCAUGAUCUCAGGGUUCUGGGAUCAAGCCCUGUCUUGGGCUCCGUGCUCAGC